GUUCCUCCUUUUCAUUUGCCUCCUCUGUCUCUCUCUCCUGUCUCUAUCCGGUUAUGGAGGUCUGCUACAAAGACAUUUAAACGCAGCUGCGCUCCAAACUACGAUAAUCUUCCAUUUAGGAACCAGGAAACCAAAGUUAUUUUAAACACAUAAUUCAAGAUGCCCGUGGCUGUAGGUCCAUAUGGCCAGACCCAGCCCAGCUGUUUCGACAGGGUCAAGAUGGGCUUCAUGAUGGGGUUUGCAGUAGGAAUGGCUGCUGGAGCCAUGUUUGGCACUUUUUCCUGUCUCAGGAUCGGCAUGCGGGGCAGGGAGCUGAUGGGAGGAGUGGGGAAGACCAUGAUGCAGAGCGGGGGAACGUUCGGCACCUUUAUGGCCAUCGGUAUGGGCAUCCGCUGCUGAGGCGGACGAGGAGCAACAUCCUUCUCCACCUCUAUGCAAUUACACACCUAUGGGACUUUUCAAGUAACUACAAGUUCGGCUUUCUGUCUGUUCAAUGCUGUCACGCUCUCAACCGCAGUCUAGUUUUGUCAAUUAAAGUUCAGUUUUGUCGA